ACGAGACGUGCACGCGCAGGGAUUGUUUGCCGCCAGUCAGCUCGUCGUUCAUAACCGCUACGCACGCAUUGUGACUAGUAUUAAUUGAAACCACAAAGUUUUGGCUUAAUAUAAUUGUGUUUUUUAGGUUUGCGUGGAUUCGAAUUAAUCGACCAGGGUUGCAACUGUAGCUGAAACGGACCGUAGAUCCGGGAUUUACCGCUCGUUUGUGGAGCCACGAUUGUGACGCUCUGUAGGCCGCAUUGUAACGUUUUAAGAUCAACAACAACAACAUGGCCGAUGAUUUGGACAUUGAAGCAAUGCUCGAGGCUCCAUAUAAAAAGACUUGCCUAUAUCUCACCUCUACUCCCAUGAAUUCCAGUGUGAACUGUCAAAAAAAUGAAGGAUGACAACAAGUCCUUAAGUACCAAUGGCCACGAGGAGCGGAGCAAGAAGAAAAAGAGGAGCAAAAGUCGCAGCCGGAGCCGGGACAAGAAGAGAAGCAAGAGUCGCGAGCGCAAGAAGAGUCAUGACCAUAGGAGGAGCCGCAGCAGAGACAGGAAGCGCAGCCGCAGCAAAGAGAGACGCCGCAGUCGUUCCAGGAGCAGGGAGCGCGGCGGUCGCUACAAAGCUCCAUUUUCUGGCCUGAAAUUUAACGGUGGUCCCAGGGGGAAGACUGGCCCACCACCCGCCAUCAAACUAAGCCGAAGAAGGUCCAGAAGUCGAAGUCCUUUCAAGAAAGAUAGAAGCCCUGUAAGACAGCCAAUUGAUAAUCUCACCCCUGAGGAAAGAGAUGCACGCACAGUGUUCUGUAUGCAGCUGGCAGCCAGAAUCCGGCCACGAGACCUGGAAGAAUUCUUUUCUGCAGUUGGAAAAGUACGAGAUGUGCGAAUCAUCUCUGAUCGAAACUCCAGAAGAUCCAAAGGAAUUGCUUACAUUGAGUUUGUGGAUUCUACAUCUGUACCCCUGGCAAUUGGCCUAUCUGGACAAAGGCUUCUUGGAGUACCAAUCAUUGUCCAGGCUUCACAGGCUGAGAAGAACAGAGCAGCUGCAUUGGCCAAUAACUUACAGAAGGGCAGCGCUGGACCCAUGAGACUGUAUGUUGGCUCGUUGCAUUUCAACAUCACAGAAGACAUGCUCCGAGGCAUUUUUGAACCAUUUGGAAGGAUUGAUAGUAUCCAACUGAUGAUGGACAGUGAAACAGGACGAUCUAAAGGAUAUGGCUUUAUCACAUUUUCUGAUGCUGAAUGUGCAAAGAAGGCACUGGAACAGCUUAACGGCUUUGAGUUGGCUGGUAGACCGAUGAAAGUGGGACAUGUGACGGAGCGCACAGAUGCCUCCACCGCCAGCUCCUUCCUGGACAACGAUGAGCUAGAAAGAACCGGGAUUGAUCUGGGGACUACUGGAAGACUUCAACUCAUGGCCAGAUUGGCUGAGGGAACUGGUCUGCAGAUCCCACCCGCUGCACAACAGGCCCUUCAGAUGAGUGGCUCCAUGGUUGCCAUGGCUGCAGCUACUGCUGCUAUGAACCCUGGGUUGAGUUUUAACAUCAAUGUGCCCACAAACCAAGCCUUGAAUCUACCAUCGCAACCUAUCGCGACACACUGUUUCCAGCUGUCUAACAUGUUCAAUCCAAACUCAGAAAAUGAUCAUGGUUGGGAAAUCGAAAUUCAGGAUGAUGUCAUUGAAGAGUGCAACAAACAUGGUGGAGUCAUACACAUAUAUGUGGACAAGAAAUCCGCUGAAGGUAAUGUCUAUGUGAAGUGUCCCACCAUUCCCGCUGCCAUGGCUGCAGUCAGUGCGCUACAUGGACGUUGGUUUGGAGGUAAAAUGAUCACAGCAGCUUAUGUCCCGCUUCCUACAUACCACAACCUUUUCCCAGAGUCAGUACAGGCCACACAGCUUCUAAUUCCCAGUCGUCGGUGAUCAAUUACCCCUGGACAACUCCACUUUUUCAGCCUUGCUCUUUUUAACUUUUGGACAAUAAUAAUAGUUCUGCAAGUUGUGGCACAGGUGCGUUAAGGUAAAGUUUCACUUGCAUACUGUCCUUACAGGUCAUGGACAAGUUCUGUGGUUGAAAAAAAUCCCAUGUACAGCCUACUUUAUUGAAUUUUGCUUCUUGAUCUUUUAUUGUUGGUACAUAUUUGUUUUUCCCUUCCACAUAUAUUGUCUCUGUGAAAGAUCUGAUUGGUAUGUUUUAUCACUCCGAGUAGUGUAUAAUAAUGCCAGAAACGCAGUAUAAGUAAGUCUUGGAUUUAAACUUUUCAAUUUUGAUCAAAUGUCAACAUAUUCAAUUUUUUGGCUCUAUGAGCUUUGGGAACUAAAUGGCUGACAAAAAUCUUUUGUUCAUUUAGAGACCAUAAGGUUUAGAAGCGUUUUGUUUUUCUAAUCAAGAUUUUGAUUUUUGUUAAGUUCUUGAUGAAAAGUUCAUUUCAAAUAAAGCAGAGAUAACUGAAAA